UCAGCUCUGAUCGAAGAUGAUGAGCCAACAUUGAUUUCAGAGAUUCAUGCAGGAGCGCGUUUGAAUGGUGAUAUCCAAUUUAUAAAUCAUAGUCUACAUCUUCAAUUUACCGAACAUCAAACAGACACAAACUCCGAAAACAACCCUACAAGUGAAUGGAAUGUUGAAUGCAAAAAUACUAAUACUAUUGUUAAUGUCCAGAAAUUCAAACAUUGUAUUAUCAACGCUACAAACUCACUGUAUGGAGAUGCUUUCCUUUCAUUAGAUCAGCCGGAUGCCAAGAGUGUGAAUGAAAUUCAUCAAUACAAACACACAGAAAAGACAAUCAGUCAAGAUUUAUAUCAAGAAGAACGUAAAAAAUCUUCAUCGGAAAAUGAUUUUUUUAUUUUAUUUACGACUUCAGAUAGUGUCAAUGUAAAACUUCCAGAACGGUCUGGAAUUGUAGAUAGUAAAGUUUUUAGUACCUAUUUUGGGCCAUUUGCCGGUAGAGCAUACAAGUCUGUGGAGUCCUCCAUUGCUGAGUCUGUUCCUAGCAAGAAAAUAGAUCCGAUCACACAUCUGAUGAUUCAAAGCAUCAAACCUCUAGUUCUUUUGAUGCAUGCCGAGAAAAGGAUAGCCAAUGUUCUGCAUCUUCUACCCCCCGAAACAAAUUUUAAUGAUACUUCUGAGCAAAUAAAUUCACGAUGUGACGAGUCAAAGACUCGUACCAAAACCACUGACACUCCGAUAUCUGAUACAACUGACACAGUGAGUAAGGAUGCCGGCACGAAAGUGCCCUUACUCUGUAAGUAA